CAAAACAGAGAUAGAAGAAGAGACAGCUGGGCCCGGGAGACCACUGCCACCAAGACGCGGAGACCGGUGGUGGCCCCGAAUGCCUGCCUGCGCUGUUAUUUGUUGGACACAAGGCAAGGGGGCAGUGUAAGGAGUGUGAGCCAUCUCUAAUGAUAGGUAAAGAGAUUAUAAAUCUUCCACUGAAUGAAAAAAAUUUUCUUAAAGCUGCAUAUACUCCAAGAAAAAAACCACAAAUGUUUUUCUAUUUUGCCUGAAUACAUGAUUUGAACAAGAGAUUUCCAUAGAAGGGCUCUUUCAUGGAACUGUAUGGUCAUGUGGGCAACAUUUCUGUUGAAAUCUACCUUCUGUCUGACGGAUAUGCCAUCCUGAAAAAGUAAAGAAGCUGAACUUCAAGUUCCUUUCGUUUAGCAUUGGCUUUGGUCUUUUGGAUUAAUCCGGUUGUUUUAAAUGAUCCUACUAGAAAAACUCUUCUAACAGGAUCCUAUUUCGUUGAUGGUCUCUUGUAAUCCACCCAGCCUUCCAUCUUCUCUGUGGCUAGAAACAGGACUGUCCACAAGUCACCUCUAACUGCCCUAUCUUGCAAGUUCUGAUUUUGGAGGAAAAAAAAAAAAAAAGCCUUGACAAGCUCCGUGGCCGUCACGAUGUUCUGGAAGUUUGACUUGAACACCACGUCCCACGUUGACAAGCUGCUGGACAAGGAGCAUGUGACGCUGCAGGAGUUAAUGGAUGAAGAUGACAUCUUGCAGGAGUGUAAGGCUCAGAACCAGAAGCUGCUGGAUUUCCUGUGCAGGCAGCAGUGCAUGGAGGAGCUGGUGAGCCUCAUCACACAGGAUCCGCCCCUGGACAUGGAGGAGAAGGUCCGCUUCAAAUAUCCAAACACAGCCUGUGAGCUUCUGACUUGUGAUGUGCCACAGAUCAGCGACCGCCUCGGUGGGGACGAGAGCCUGCUGAGCCUCCUGUAUGACUUCCUGGACCAUGAGCCGCCUCUCAAUCCUCUGCUCGCCAGUUUUUUCAGCAAGACCAUUGGCAAUCUCAUUGCAAGAAAAACUGAACAGGUGAUUACAUUUUUGAAGAAGAAGGACAAGUUCAUCAGCCUGGUGUUGAAGCACAUUGGCACCUCAGCGCUUAUGGACCUGCUGCUGCGCCUGGUCAGCUGUGUGGAGCCAGUCGGGCUCCGGCAGGAAGUCCUGCAUUGGCUGAAUGAAGAGAAAGUCAUCCAGAGGCUUGUGGAGUUGAUCCACCCGAGCCAGGAUGAAGAUAGGCAGUCAAAUGCUUCUCAGACUCUCUGUGACAUAGUUAGGCUGGGCAGAGACCAGGGCAGUCAGCUGCAAGAGGCUCUGGAGCCAGACCCCCUCCUCACAGCGCUGGAGUCCAGGCAGGACUGUGUGGAGCAGCUUCUGAAGAACAUGUUUGAUGGAGACCGUACAGAGAGUUGCCUCGUCAGCGGGACUCAGGUGUUACUCACCUUGCUGGAAACCAGGCGGGUUGGCCUGAAGCUGCUCGUCGUGGCCAGUUGGCGAUGCAUAUGUCGACAUGUGUGGAACAGGACAGAGGGCUUGGUGGACUCCUUUUCUCAGGGACUGGAAAGGUCAUACACUGUCAGCAGCAGUGUACUACACGGCAUCGAGCCUCGGCUGAAGGACUUCCACCAGCUCCUGCUCAACCCGCCCAAGAAGAAAGCGAUCCUGACCACCAUUGGUGUGCUGGAGGAGCCCCUGGGGAAUGCCCGUCUGCAUGGCGCCCGCCUCAUGGCAGCACUGCUGCACACAAACACGCCCAGCAUCAACCAGGAGCUCUGCCGGCUCAACACCAUGGACUUACUGCUGGACUUGUUCUUUAAGUACACCUGGAAUAACUUUCUGCACUUCCAAGUGGAACUCUGCAUAGCCGCUAUUCUCUCCCACGCUGCCCGCGAGGACAGGACAGAAGCCAGCGGGUCCGAGAGCAGGGCGGAGCCUCUGCAUGAGAACGGGAACCGGAGCCUGGAGACCCCCCAGCCUCCCGCCAGCCUCCCUGACAACACAAUGGUGACCCACCUGUUCCAGAAGUGCUGCCUGGUGCAGAGGAUCCUGGAGGCCUGGGAAGCCAACGACCACACACAGGCAGCGGGUGGCAUGAGACGUGGGAACAUGGGCCACCUCACACGGAUCGCCAACGCGGUGGUACAGAACCUGGAGCGGGGCCCUGUGCAGACGCACAUCAGCGAGGUCAUCCGAGGGCUCCCUGCGGAUUGCCGUGGCCGCUGGGAGAGCUUCGUGGAGGAGACGCUGACGGAGACGAACCGCAGGAACACUGUGGACCUGGUGAGCACUCACCACCUUCACUCCUCGAGUGAGGACGAGGACAUUGAGGGUGCUUUCCCUAACGAGCUGUCCCUUCAGCAGGCCUUCUCUGACUACCAGAUCCAGCAGAUGGCGGCCAGCUUUGUGGAUCAGUUUGGCUUCAAUGAUGAGGAGUUUGCAGACCAGGACGACAACAUCAAUGCCCCGUUUGACAGGAUCGCAGAGAUCAACUUCAACAUCGACGCUGACGAGGACAGUCCCAGCGCAGCUCUGUUUGAGGCCUGCUGCAGCGACCGCAUCCAGCCCUUUGAUGACGAUGAGGAUGAGGACAUCUGGGAGGACAGUGACACUCGCUGUGCCACCCGGGUGAUGGCCAGAGCCAGGUUUGGAGCCCCCCAUGCUUCAGAGAGCUGCUCAAAGAAUGGCCCAGAGCGCGGAGGCCAGGACGGGAAGGCGAGCUCAGAAGCACACGGAGAUGCACCUGGGGCAGGUGCCCCCCCGGCCCCUGGGAAGAAGGAAGCCCCCGCUGUGGAGGGUGACUCAGAAGCAGGCGCCAUGUGGACGGCAGUGUUUGAGGAGCCAGCGAACUCGACACCCACAUCCCCAGGAGUGGUGAGGGACGUGGGUUCCAGCGUGUGGGCAGCUGGCACCUCAGCUCCAGAGGAGAAAGGCUGGGCCAAGUUCACCGACUUCCAGCCCUUCUGCUGCUCCGAGUCAGGGCCCAGGUGCAGCUCUCCAGUGGACACAGAACGCAGCCGGGCUGAGGGCAGCCGGAGCCAAGGCCCUGAGAAAGCCUUCAGCCCAGCUUCUCCAUGUGCCUGGAACGUGUGUGUCACCAGGAAGGCCCCCCUGCUGGCCUCUGACAGCAGCUCCUCCGGGGGCUCCGACAGCGAGGACGACUACCAGAAGGCAGCGAGUGCCGUGGACGCCGUGAGCAGGGGUCCCGGCCGGGAGGCCCCCCCGCUGCCCACAGUGGCCAGGACAGAGGAGGCUGUCGGCAGGGCCGAGUGUCCUGACAGCCGGCUGUUAGACCCUGCCUGCCCCGCGCCAAAGGAAGUGACCGCUGCCCCAGCCGUGGCUGCUGUGGCCAUUACCACAGCAUUGAGCAAGGCUGGCCCCGCCAUGCCCACCCCAGCAGUCUCUCCUGCAGUGGCCGUGGCGCUCCCCCUAGGGCCCAUCGUGGCCGUCACAACAGCCCCAGCCAUGGUGGCCACCCUGGGGACAGUGACAAAGGACAGGAAGACAGAUGCCCCGCCGGAAGGAGCUGCCUUAAAUGGCCCAGUGUGAUGCUGCUGCCGCCCGGCCACGGCCCGCCCUGGUCAGGCUGCAUCCUUAAUCGAGAAAACUACCUGGUGAUGCAAUCUUUUUUUUUUUUAAUUUAAUUUAAUUUUAAAAUAAAUGCUGCAUUGGUAAAGCUGGCAGUUGAAACCAGUUGGACGGCCCAGCUUGCGUCUCUUCUGCCUGAGUGGGCCUCUCAGGUCACUCGUGCCCUGCUGGAGGACAGAGGGGCACCUCAGCCGCCCCCAGGCCCGGAGCACAGCAAUAAGGUCUGCCUGCAGGAGCCGGGGUGGGGGUGGGGGGCAGGACCCUGAGAUGCCACCAGGACCUGAUGGGCCAGGAAGGGCGUGGACUUGGAGGCUGUUUUUAGAGACUUUUUUAAAGACUACAGAAGGAGCCAAGCUUUUUUGCACUUUGUAUCCAGCUGCAAGCUCAGGGCAGAGUCAAGGGCCUGGGCUGGGGACACCCGACUCACAGGAAUGCAUAAGGGCCUCAGACCCUUGCAGCUGCCCAGUAGCCCUUGGAGCUGGCACUGAACCAGGCUGUAAGAUUUGACUGCCUUAAAAACACAAGGCCCUCUGGGCCUGGCAGGGAUGUCCCUGUGCCCAGCACAGGGUGCCUGGCGGGGGAGACCACAGGUAUGCAGGUGGGGCCAUGGCUUGGCCCUGGGGGCUUGAGGACUGGUUUCUAGCACUGCUGGUCACGGCCACGUUGUCCUAGAAGGGUCCGGAAGACUAUUUUACGUUGAGUCCAUUUUUAAUGUUCUGAUCACCUGACAGGGCACCUAAAACCCCCAACUCCCAAUAAAAGCCGUGACGUUCGGA